AUGUAUGGAGAACUUCUCAAUUCAACCACUGCAACUGAUCCCCACCUGAUCAUUCAGACCAACACUCCCUAUCCAGGGAGCACCCACAGACCUAUCAGCUCUUCAGCUUUUUACAUGUCCACAGCCAGAGUGUUAAAAGAAGGUGAGAUCAAUAAGCCAGACCUGGUGACAUAUGUUGUCCUUUUCUUCUUCCUGCUUCUGGCUGUCACAAUCAUUGUACUUUUUAUUAACUGCCAGCUGAAACAUUCUUUUUUCGCCACUCUGCCUUAUGACAGAUCCCUGCGAGAAGCUAGGAGCCCAUGGAAAACACAGGCUGUCUGA